CUACACUAUAUAAAAAUAUUAAGAUGGUGGGAGCCAAUCGGAAAAAGAAUACGGAGCAUAAAAUAGCCACUUUCGAUAUGCCGUUUUAAAAAGGCCUCUAAAAUAGUACUACAUCCAUUUAUCCAUCUCCCCAAUACGCCACCUUCUUCGUCCUUCUCUAUCUUUUUCUCCUCGGUGGUGCAUAAUAUAAUAAUAAUCUGCAAAAAAGUGCAGAAAACCCCUUCCCCGAAACGAAUCUUCCUUACCCAUUUCCCAGUGCAGAAACCAAUCUUGAAACUGGGUUUUCUCAAAGCUCUAAUCUUGAACCUGAGAUUCUCUUAAAGCUCUCAUCUUUAUCUUACAAUGGUUCACUACCAGAGAAAUUUGAAGAAAGGGGUUGGUUAUGGCGAGCAUGAAGAUGAAGAAUCACCUCAACGUCUUGGUUUGGUUUGUGCGAAAAUAAGUUAUUAUUAUAACAUGAAGAGAGCAAAGCCGAAGUUUCUGUAUCUCAUCUUUCUUUCUCUCAUUUCUUGCUGCUUUAUUGUAGCUCCCCAGAUCCUGAACUCGUUUGGAUUUGAGGGUGAAGUGCUUGCUCAUGGAACCGAUUCCAAGGCUCCUUUGUGUUCUUCUGUCUCCAAUGGGACAAUGUGCUGUGAUAGAAGUAGCUUCAGGUCAGAUAUAUGUGUUAUGAAAGGGGACAUAAGAACAUAUUUUUCUUCUUCAAGGAUUACCCUUUACACAACCAAGAAUAUCAAUGAGGUGAUUUCUCAUGAAAAGAUCAAACCUUACACAAGAAAAUGGGAAACAAGUGUGAUGGACACCAUUGAUGAACUAGACCUUGUUAUCAAGAAUCAUAAACAUCACCAUAAUCACAGGAGGUGUGAUGUUCAUCACACUGUGCCUGCAGUUUUCUUCUCCACGGGAGGGUAUACCGGUAAUCUUUACCAUGAGUUCAAUGAUGGAAUACUUCCACUCUUCAUCACUUCUCAACAUUUCAACAAGAGAGUCGUCUUCGUUAUCCUCGAGUAUCAUAACUGGUGGAUCACCAAGUAUGGCAACAUUCUCUCACAGCUCUCGGACUAUCCAGCCCUCGAUUUUCGAGGAGACAACAAAACACAUUGCUUUCCGGAAGUCAUUGUUGGUUUAAGAAUCCAUGAUGAGCUAUCUGUUGAUUCUUCAUUGAUGGAUGGUAACAAGAACAUCAUGGAUUUUCGGAAGCUUAUAGACCGAGCGUACUGGCCUCGGAUACAAGGUCUGAUAAUGGAGGAGGAGCAUGUAGCUAGAAGUAAAAUGGGAAAUCCCGCAUUUUCGCCCUUGCCAAAUGUCUUCUACGGGAUGGCACCGAAGUUGGUGAUAGUAUCUAGAAACGGGUCAAGAACACUAAUGAAUGAGGAGUUGUUGAUUAAAAUGGGUGAAGAGAUCGGGUUUCGGGUUGAAGUCUUGAGACCAGCUAAGACGACUGAGCUUGCAAAAGUCUAUAGGCUCCUUAACUCAAGUGAUGUUAUGGUUGGAGUACAUGGGGCUGCAAUGACUCAUUUACUCUUCUUGAAGCCUAAGUCUGUCUUUAUACAAAUAAUUCCUUUGGGAACAGAUUGGGCAGCAGAGACUUACUAUGGGGAACCAGCUAAGAAAAUGGGGUUAAAGUACAUUGGGUACAAAAUCCUUCCUAAAGAGAGUUCCUUGUUUGAUGAAUAUGACGAGAAUGACCCUGUACUCAAGGACCCUGAUAGUGUGAACAGUAAGGGUUGGGAAAUAACUAAAAAGAUAUACCUUGAUCACCAAAAUGUGAGGUUAAACCUUGGGAGAUUUCGAAAGAGACUUCUUCAUGGCUAUUAUCAUUCCAUUGCCAUGAGGAAAGGAGGGCAAUUUGGUCUUCAUCAAAGCCAAUGAUUCAUGUGAUCUGAAAAGUGCUGGUCAGACCUGUCCUUGAAGAAUAUGUAUAUGGCCCAUGAAAGGUGUAAAACACUUGAAACCUGUGUUGUAGAGAUCAGAUGAAAUGCUCUUCUAUUUUUUUAUUUUUUUGUUUUGCUAUAAUGACUUAUGGUUGGGGACCCUUGGGGUAAAAGUGGUGAACGUUAAAAAUACCAAUGGAUCAAAAAGUAUGUGCAAUAGUGAAUAGCCCAUGGAAGCUCAAAGCUCUUCGUAAUCAGAAUGAAAUCAAACAGGGCCACCAUGCAGUUAAAGUCUGUACGAAAUAUUCACCUUCAUAUAUAUCCAAAAUAAGUCGAGAAAUUGGGUAAAGCCUUCACCAGGACAAUUUUUAAUAGAAAUAAUUAAAACCUCG